CUAGCUGCAGGGACCCCUCGAGGCUGGUGGAGCCCUGCUCUAAGGGUGGCCAAGCAAGAACUUAAGCCUGGACCCACCCAUCCCCAAACACAGAUGCACAUUUCCUGGCAGGGCCCCACCCAGAAUAGAUCUCAGCCCCAGACACUUCCUUAGUCUGGAAGUCGGAGGUUAGGGGAUCGAAACCCCCACAUCUGUCUCCUCUCCCCUGCAGCCAUGUUUAUCACAGUGAUGUUUGGAGCUGGCUGCUGGGAGCUGGUGAACACUUGGUGCAACCUGGUGACCCUCACUGCCCACUUGAGGCAGAAGGGGCAGGUGCCCCCAGACGCGACCAUUGCCCUCCUGGCUGAGGAUGGGCACCUGGUGAGCCUGGAUGAGGGGGCUUCCGAGGCCCCUUCCAUGGGCAGCUCCCUGCUGCAGGAGCGCGGGACCUAUGUCCUUGUGCAGAUCAUCAAGGGAGAGGAUGGGGCCCCCACCCGCUAUGAGUCCCUAUUGGAGAACCUGGAUGACCAGUAUCCAGAGCUUGCAGAGGAGCUUCGCUGCCUGUCAGGCCUACAACCCACAAGCGAUGGCCAGAGGAGGCGCACGAGCACUCGGCGUGAUCACCAGGAGCAGGGCCCUCUUUCAAGGCCACGAAGGAAGGGCUCCCUGCCAUCCAGGACCCGCUAG